AUGUCGGACGACGAGGAUUUCAUGCAAGACUCCGAUGAGGAGCAGUACGAUUUCGAGUACGAAGAAGACGAUGACGAAGAGACCGGCGACGUCGACAUCGAAAACAAGUACUACAAUGCCAAACAGAUGAAGCUGUCCGACCCAGAAGAAGCCAUCUCCGAAUUUCUAGGCAUCCCGCCACUCGAAGACGAGAAGGGGGAAUGGGGAUUCAAGGGUAUAAAGCAGGCGAUAAAGCUUGAAUUCAAGCUAGGUCAAUAUGACAAGGCUGCUGAACACUACGCCGAGCUCCUCACAUACGUCAAGUCGGCCGUCACGAGAAACUACUCCGAAAAGUCAAUCAACAAUAUGCUCGAUUACAUUGAGAAAGGCGCAGACGGCCCCGAGGCUGUCAAGUGUAUGGAACAAUUCUAUUCUCUCACACUUCAGAGCUUCCAGAGCACGAAUAACGAGCGACUAUGGCUCAAGACCAACAUCAAGCUAGCGAAGCUGCUUCUCGACCGGAAGGAGUACACCGCCGUAUCGAAGAAACUCCGCGAACUACACAAAUCUUGUCAGCGAGAGGAUGGCACCGACGAUCCUAGCAAGGGCACCUACUCGCUGGAGAUCUACGCCCUCGAGAUCCAGAUGUUCGCCGAGACGAAGAACAACAAGCAGCUAAAGGCUUUGUACCAGCGCGCUCUCAAGGUCAAAUCCGCUGUGCCACAUCCCCGAAUCAUGGGUAUUAUCCGAGAGUGCGGUGGAAAGAUGCACAUGAGUGAGGAAAACUGGAAGGAGGCCCAGAGCGACUUCUUCGAGUCAUUCCGAAACUACGAUGAAGCCGGUUCACUACAGCGAAUCCAGGUUCUGAAAUACUUGCUAUUGACGACCAUGCUGAUGAAGUCCGACAUCAACCCCUUCGACUCGCAAGAGACAAAGCCCUACAAGACAGAUCCCCGAAUCUCCGCCAUGACGGAGCUGGUGGACGCUUAUCAACGGGAUGAUGUUCACAUGUACGAAAGGGUGCUGCAGCGUAACCAAGACAUCCUGGACGACUCGUUUAUCGCUGAGAACAUUGACGAAGUCACGCGUAACAUGAGAACCAAGGGCGUGGUUAAACUGAUUGCACCCUACACCCGCAUGAAGCUGUCCUGGAUUGCCAAGCAACUCAAGAUUUCUGAGCCAGAGGUUCAGGACAUUCUGGGUUUCCUCAUCAUCGAUGGCAAGAUCAAUGGUCGCGUGAACCAGCAGGAGGGACUAUUGGAGAUUACGUCUGAUGCGGAUGCCGAGCGCAUUGCAGCUCUACAGGGACUUACAUCGUCCAUAUCUGAACUGUUUGGAGCUGUUUUCAGGGAUGGAGAUGGUUUCCGCAACAUUGAAGUCUCGGGAGUAGAUGAGCAGAACAUCGACGUGUCAGGUCUGCCAAUUGGGAAAACAGGCAGUAGGAUAGGAGGCCAGCACCGCGGUAAGAAGGGCAAGGUGCCAGGGCAAGCGUGGGCGGCUUGA